GAGUGAUGGACGUGAAUCACACGAGUUCGCGUAUAUAUGUGUGUGUGUGUGUGUGCGUGUCUCCAUUAUGUGUCUGAGGCCGCUGGGCAGGAACCCUGGUAUGUGUCCGCUGGUCGCUCCUGGCAGUGUCUUACCUGCGUUUAUCUGAUCCGUACAGAUCCCGUGAGAGGAAUGUGCGCGGGUCGGCCGAGGCGUGAGGCGGUGAAGCGCGGGUUACCCAGCACAGUGGAGCACCAGGAAGGGACGAGUCAGUGUCAGGAGCCGCGUCUGCCUCCGAAACUUCGUAUACAAGACCACUAUCAGCAGCUAGAACAGCAACAGCAGUGCCAAGAGAAACAGUGGGCACAGCAGCAGCAGCAGGUGUAUCUUCGUUGCCAACCAUAUCAUCAGCAAGAUCAGCUCCUAAAUCACCAGCAGCAGCAGCAGCAGCAUAAACAGCAGGAGCAGCAGCAACAGCAGGAGCAGCAGCAACAGCAGCAGCAGGAGCAACAGCAGGAGCAGCAAGAGCAGCAGCAGCAGCAGCAGGCGAAAAUGUGUAGACAUGCCGACUAUCAACAACAUGAAAGGAACGACGACGGCCUACAGCUUGGCCAACUACUGGAGGAGAAGACUCGCCUGCUGCAGCGGCUGCAUGAGCUGAGGUCGUGGCAGCAGUGUAUAGUGUGUAUGGACGCUGAUAUUGGCGCGGUGUUCGUGCCCUGCGCCCACCUGGUGGCCUGCCGCCCCUGUGCCGCCGCCCUCGUCAGCUGCCCCGUGUGCCGCGCCACCAUCCACUACCUCGCCCCCGCCACGCUCCGCUGACCUGCUGAAGGCAUCUUGUGGGUCUAGCGCUGCUGGACAGUCAAGAGUGUAAGGAGUUAACUCCAGGAAACGUAACCGAAUCGCCACAAUAUUUCUUAGGUUUCGUCAAUGGUUACUUCUCCCUACUCCUGUCUCUCUAAGACAGAAGUCGACCUGGCUGUGUACAGAAAUCUCCUUGCUACUCCUGCUCGACACGGAGUCGAGGAAUCAGUUCACUGUCAAAUAUCCCGCGCCGUAGUGUUGAUGUUGUCUCUUGUCUUACUAGAAAAUCUCUACUCGAAACUGAACCAUUAUAUCUUAGAUCUGAUAUACCAACGUAAGUGCAGGGACCUAAAUUAAAAUAUUAUGGCAUAAUGCACAAUGAAUUCAUAACGAAGUUGAUGAAUCCGUGAAUAUAUAAUGUGGCUAUAUGGUGGGAUCGAACUUGUGGAUAUUUCUUUGUGGUGAUUAUAACAAAAUACUUGAUACACGCGAAUCUCAGUCACUGUGUUGUCAUCCAUACGUCCUCUGAUUUAACCAACGGGUUUAUUUAGGUUAAUGAAAAAUUGUAUCCUGGUUACCCAACUAAUCAGCAAUAACAAUAACAUUAGCAAUGUGCCUAUAAAAAGCAUUUUAAA